CAAAUGUUUCUUUUCUUCCAAUCGCGUCAUCAUUCAAUAUAGUUUUCUUUCCCUUAUCCGCCUUUGAUUGCAAGAGUCAAUGUCAGAGCCAUCUCCCCCUCCUUGCUCAAUCUUUACGUAACUAUAUGGAUAUCCUUAUCCGCUUCUAACAUUUCCCAAAACUCCGAUCCUGUAUUUAUUGUAUUCAUUUCACCCGUCUCUCUUUCCUUGCCGAACGAAAACAAAGUCUCAAUCUUUCAUUCUCUGUUUGUCUAAGUCUGUACAUUCUUCACUUUCUCGAGUUGGGUGAGUUUCUUGAAUUUGGUUUCUUGGGUUUGAUUUUGUUUUUCAAGUGGAUAUUGCUAUUUAUUGGGCGGUGAUAUUGAGACCCUUUUGUUAGUUUUGCAUUUUGGUUUUUGAGGUGGAUGUCAUUUUUUUAGGGGUUUUAGGGUUUGGUUAUUGAAAACUCAUAUGGCAAGGUUGGCUUCUGGCAAUCUGGAUUUAUAAGAUUCUGUUUUUCUUGUUGACACAGUACAGGAUCAAAAGGGUUGGAUUUUUGUUACUUGUCAAUAUCUUCUUAUUUUGUGAUAGCUAGUCCUUUUGCAUAAGGAUUGCAUAUCUUUAUUCUGUUUACUUCAUUGCCUCUCUAUAUAUUGCCAUCCUAUCCGGGGAGAGACAGAUUCAAUUGUUUUAUUGUCCAUCUCAUUCUCAUUAGAAUCAAAGUCUUGACAUACAAUCCUUUCACAAUUGUGAAAUUUGAUUCCUUAGUGACCAUCUAUUGUAGCUGCUUCAUUUUUGUUUCGUACAAGCUAAUUCUGUAGUUAGAUUUGAGCUUUGACAAAAGAAGGCCCCGCUUCCAAUUUCAGACCACUUUCUUGUUUUGGUUUUAGCUAUAAGAUAUGGAUAUAAGCAACGAGGCCAGUGUUGACCCUUUCAAAAUCGGACCUUCAUCGAUCAUUGGUAGGACAAUUGCUUUCAGAGUUCUGUUCUGUAAAUCAAUCUCACAUUUGAGGCAAAAAAUCUUUCAUGUGUUGUUGAAUUACAUUUAUAGAUUUGGUGAAUUUGUGACGCCUAUGUUAUCAUGGUUUCAUCCAAGGAAUCCACAAGGGAUAUUGGCCAUGAUGACGAUAAUUGCAUUUUUAUUGAAAAGAUACGCGAAUGUUAAAUUGAGGGCCGAAACAGCAUAUAGGAGGAAAUUUUGGAGGAAUACGAUGAGAACUGCGUUGACAUACGAGGAGUGGUUUCAUGCUGCUAAAAUGCUUGAUAAAGAGAACCCAAAGAUGCACGAAUGUGAUCUUUAUGAUGAAGAACUAGUCAGGAACAAGCUUCAAGAGCUCCACCACCGUCGCCAAGAGGGAUCUCUCAGAGAUAUAAUCUUUUUUAUGAGAGCUGAUCUUGUAAGAAAUCUCGGUAAUAUGUGUAACCCUGAGCUUCACAAGGGUAGGCUUCAAGUGCCGAAGCUCAUAAAGGAAUAUAUCGACGAGGUCUCAACUCAGUUAAGAAUGGUUUGUGACUCCGAUUCAGAGGAGCUUUCAUUGGAAGAAAAGCUUGCUUUCAUGCAUGAAACAAGACAUGCUUUUGGGAGAACAGCUUUGCUUCUGAGUGGAGGUGCUUCACUUGGAGCGUUUCAUGUGGGUGUAGUUAAAACACUGGUGAAGCACAAGCUUAUGCCCCGAAUAAUUGCUGGUUCUAGUGUGGGGUCAAUUAUGUGUUCAGUUGUUGCCACCAGAUCGUGGCCAGAGCUGCAAAGUUUUUUUGAGGAUUCCUGGCACUCAUUGCAGUUUUUUGAUCAAUUGGGUGGAAUUUUCACUGUUGUUAAGAGGGUCAUGAGACAAGGAGUUGUUCAUGAAAUCCGGCAGUUGCAAUGGAUGUUAAGAAAUCUUACAAGUAAUCUUACAUUUCAAGAAGCUUAUGACAUGACAGGUCGAAUUCUUGGGAUCACAGUUUGCUCACCUAGGAAGCAUGAGCCCCCUAGAUGCCUUAAUUACCUUACUUCCCCUCAUGUUGUUAUAUGGAGUGCUGUCACUGCUUCUUGUGCUUUUCCUGGCCUUUUUGAAGCCCAGGAACUAAUGGCAAAGGACAGAAGUGGGGAACUUGUGCCUUAUCACCCACCCUUUAAUCUGGAUCCUGAGGAAGGAUCUGAUGCACCUAUGCGUAGGUGGAGGGAUGGUAGCCUGGAGAUUGAUUUACCAAUGAUACAAUUGAAGGAACUAUUCAAUGUCAAUCAUUUUAUUGUAAGUCAGGCGAAUCCUCACAUUGCUCCAUUGUUGAGACUGAAGGAUAUAGUCAGGGCAUAUGGGGGUAGCUUUGCUGCCAAGCUUGCUCAUCUCGCUGAGAUGGAGGUAAAACACAGAUGCAAUCAGGUAUUGGAACUUGGUUUUCCAUUAGGUGGACUUGCCAAGCUUUUUGCUCAAGAAUGGGAAGGUGAUGUUACUGUUGUUAUGCCGGCCACACUUGCUCAGUACUCAAAAAUUAUUCAAAACCCAAAUCACUUGGAGCUUCAAAAGGCAUCAAACCAAGGCAGAAGGUGUACAUGGGAGAAGCUUUCUGCCAUAAAAGCUAAUUGUGGUAUUGAGCUUGCUCUUGAUGAGUGUGUUUCUGUUCUGAACCACAUGCGUAGACUCAAAAGGAGUGCUGAGAGAGCUGCUGCUGCUUCUCAUGGCCAAGCAAGCUCUGCGAGCACAUUGAGAUUUAGUGCUUCAAAAAGAAUUCCUUCUUGGAAUUGCAUCGCAAGAGAAAACUCAACAGGCUCACUUGAAGAGGACUUCCUUGCUGAUGUUGCUUCAACAUUCCAUCAAGGAGUUGGUGUGGCUGGAGGAACUUCUACUGGUAGGAAUUUGAGAACUCAACGCAACCUACAUCAUGAUGGAAGUGAUAGUGAAUCUGAAAGUGUAGAUUUGAAUUCUUGGACAAGAUCUGGCGGGCCUUUGAUGAGGACUACUUCUGCAAAUAAGUUCAUUGACUUUGUCCAGAGUCUGGAUGUAGAUUCUGAGCUAAGGAAAGGCUUCAUGGCUCAUCCUAACUCGCCUGGGGCUCAGAUGGGAGGCAGGGAUCCAUAUAAUCAGAUCUCAAGAGUGACAACCCCUGAUAGAAAUUCAGAUAGUGAGUUUGAUCAGAGAGAUUUUAGCAAUAGAAAUUCUACUGGUGGUUCUAGCAUUACAGUGACGGAAGGAGAUUUUUUGCAGCCUGAAAGAAUCCAUAACGGGUUUGUGCUGAAUAUUGUAAAGAAAGAAGAUUUGGCACAUCCCAAUAGGAUCCAUGAUUUGGAGAAUUACAAUAGUGAAGUUCCUGAAUGUGUUCAGCUUGAUUGUCCUGAAAAGGACAUGGAUGCUAGCUCAGAAUCGGACUCUGCUGCAGACGAAGACGACUCCCCGGCAACAGAUUCCUUGCAUAAAUCAGCCUCCACUCUUGAUCACACAGAUGAUUCUGUCGUUCAUGACAUUCAGGAGAAGCAUGUCGUGGAUGGUUAACUUUGAGUUUCUUCUGCAUUACUGUACCAAAAUAUUGGGUGGAGUUGAUUCCCGGGUUACUGUCAGUCAGAGGUUUCUAUCACAAAGUGGGAGUUCCAUAGAUGAGAUUUAGAGUAUGUUUGUUCUUGUAUUUCAAAAGCAUUUUUGAAAAA